AAGUAGUAGUAGUAGACUAGUUGUACAUCAUCAUCGUCUCUCAGUUUCCUCUCUGAUGAUGUGAGCAUUACUCUCUCUCUCCCUCACUUCAUCUGUCUAUUUAAACUCCUCCUUAAAGCCUCAUCAUAGCACAGCACUGAACACUUCAUACACACCUCAAACACUCCCUGGCUCCUGUCCACUUGAAUCACAGGCUAGUUUGCUGUUUCCUAUCCAAUAUCCAAUUAUCCAUUCUACAGUUGUAAUAUCCCUACAAUCAUUACCUCUCUCUCUGAAACUUGCAAAGAUUUAGGAGAGAUGGGUGUAGAUGAAGGUAAAGCAGUUAACCAUGAAACUAGAAAUACCCUCUCCAUUGCUACGCCGGAGAAACCCAAGAGGAACAAAUUUGCUUUUGCUUGCGCCAUUUUGGCUUCCAUGACUUCCAUUUUGCUUGGCUACGAUAUUGGUGUAAUGAGUGGAGCAGUAAUAUUCAUCCAAGAUGAUCUGAAAAUAAAUGACGUACAAGUAGAAGUCUUGGUUGGAAUUCUAAAUCUGUACUCACUAUUCGGUUCAGCAGCAGCCGGUAGAACAUCAGAUUGGAUAGGACGGCGAUACACAAUAGUAUUGGCUGCUGUUAUUUUCUUUGUGGGUGCCAUAAUCAUGGGUCUCGCUCCAAAUUAUGCUAUUCUCAUGAUUGGCAGAUUCGUAGCUGGAAUUGGUGUCGGUUAUGCUCUGAUGAUUGCACCCGUCUACACAGCUGAAGUCUCACCCGCUUCAUCUCGAGGAUUCUUAACAUCAUUCCCUGAAGUUUUCAUCAACGCCGGGAUUCUGCUCGGUUACGUUUCGAAUUACGCAUUCUCAAAGCUGCCUGAGCAUUUGGGCUGGCGAUUCAUGCUUGGAAUCGGUGCUGUCCCUUCCGUAUUCUUAGGACUCGGUGUACUUGCCAUGCCUGAGUCACCUCGUUGGUUGAUUAUGCAAGGUAGACUCGGUGAUGCACGAGUUGUUCUAAACAAAACGUCCGAUUCGAAAGAGGAAGCUGAGUUAAGAAUGAGUGAGAUUAAAGAAGCUGCUGGUAUACCAGAAGAGUUAACUGAUGAUAUUGUUACUGUUCCAAAACGAUCCCACGGUGAAGGUGUAUGGAGAGAACUUCUAAUUCGUCCUACACCGGCCGUUAGACGUGUUUUAAUCGCGGCAAUUGGUAUUCAUUUCUUCCAACAAGCAUCAGGUAUUGAUGCUGUUGUUCUUUACAGUCCUAGGAUUUUCAAAGCUGCAGGAAUCACCAAGAAAACUGAUCUUUUAGGUGCAACCAUUGCUGUUGGGUUUGUUAAGACCAGUUUCAUUUUGGUUGCCACAUUUUUCGUAGAUAAAGUAGGGAGAAGACCUUUGCUAUUGAGCAGUGUAGGAGGAAUGAUUAUGUCACUAGCUGGACUUGGGAUUGGAUUAACAGUUAUCGAUCAUUCUGACAGUAAAUUAAUCUGGGCUAUUGCUUUGAGCAUAGCAGCGGUUCUAGCGUACGUUGCAUUUUUCUCCAUCGGAAUGGGACCGAUUACGUGGGUGUACAGCUCUGAGAUCUUUCCAUUGAAAUUACGGGCUCAAGGUUGCAGUAUGGGAGUAGCGGUAAACAGAGUUACAAGCGGGGUUAUCUCAAUGACGUUUAUCUCAUUAACAAAGGCAAUCUCAACCGGUGGAGCUUUUUUCCUUUUCACCGGAGUUGCAUCUAUAGCUUGGAUUUUCUUCUUUACGUUCUUACCUGAAACACAGGGUAGAACUCUGGAAGAUAUGGAUACGCUGUUCAGUGGUUUUCACUGGAGAGAUUCAAAGAGCAAAGGUAAUGCCGUCAAACAAGAUAAAGCUGAUAAUGGUCAAGUUCAAAUGGCGACUAACGGUCAACCAGCUUAAAAUUUGGAUACGGGAGUUUAGUAAAUAUGUAAGGGGGUUUAGUUUAAGUUUGUUUGGCAGAUUAUAAUUAUAAUUAAAAAGUUUCUUUUUCCUUCUUGUUGCUAUGAUGAAUCGAAAGAUCGAAAUGAAAUGGAAUAAAUUAACAAUUUAAGCUUAA